UAUAUCCCGGUGACAGCUAAUAAGACCCAAGCUUUCCGGACUAUAUGGCAGCGAACCACCAUAACAGGGCCAGCUCCCACCGUGUACCCGAAAGGAAACGUCGCAUUUUUCUGCAACGCUCUUCCGAACAGUUCCGAGUGCUGGUCCGGACAGGCGAGUUCCGCUCCCAGUUCGCUCUCCGUAAAACAGAGUCUGCAUCUGGGGAUUACACUUUCUCCGACACGGAAGUUGUAUUGCUGCCUUAAUCAGAAAGCCAUGAGCGACCAGGAGGAAGAGUACGAAGGGGAGGAGGAAGUUGAGGAGGAGGUUGAGGAAGAGGUGGAGGAGGAGGUGGAGGAAGAGGCCGAACCGGAACCGGAACCUGAGCCGGAACCCGAGCCUGAGCCAGAACCGGAACCGGAACAGGCCAAGCCCAAGCCGAAGUUUAUUCCAUCAACAUACGAGCAGCCAAAGUAUGAAGGAGACGAAGACGUCGAAGCCAGGUUUGGGCAAAUGGCCGACAAGAGGCGUCAGAAGGACCAUGUGGAAUUGGAAGAGUUCAUCAAGAAACACUUCGAGAAGCGAGCCAAGGAGGAGGAGGAGCUGCAGCUGCUCAUCGUGCGAAGGGAGAAACGCAAAGCUGAGAUGGCGGACAAAGAAACGGCCCGCAAGGAAAGAGAGCGGGAGAGAGUGAACGAGGAGAAGGCUCGCUUGAUGAAGCAGCGCGAGGAGGAAGAGCGCAAGCGCAAAGAGGAGGAUGACAGGAAGAAGAAGCUUGCCAACGUGAACCUGCACAUAGGCGGCUACCUGUCCCGGCUCGAGGGGAAGGAGAAGGGUCCCAGCAAGCGGCAGCUGGCGCAGGAGGCCAAGCGGAAGAAGAUCAUGGCCCGCGUGAAGGCCCUGCCGGACCUCGGCACCCUGUCCGACCACGAGCUGCGCGAGAAGGCGCAGGAGCUGCAGGACAGGCUCAAGUUCUCCGAGGAGGAGCUGUACGACAUGAAGGACAAAGUGCAGCGACAGGUUUACGACAUGGACCGUUUGAGGACCACCAUUAAUGAAGCCAUGGGCAAAUUCAACAAGCCUGGCACAGCCGGCGGCGCACAGAGAGGACGGGUUGCUGGGAAGUUCGGAAAGUAACCAUCGAACUGAGAACAUCGCAGCUACUCCUGUCACUGGCUCGCGGAACACCUAUCCUUCUCGCAUCUUUAUACACAGAAAAAGUCAGUGGCCAAGCCCAUAAUUUAGGUACCACGCAAAAGAGACGACCUGCUUAACAAAGUUAUUCCACAUCAAAUCACAUGUGGGUCGUGUUAUCAGCUGAAGUUUAGAUUAGUCAAAAGACGCUUUAAUUCUCUUAAGCUCGAGCUGGGCAUCCGACCAAUAGAACAGUACCGCAUUGUUUAUUCUUACCGAAGUAGUGUUUAAGAUAGAAUCUGUCACAAUUGAAAAAAGUUGUUUGCCUAUUUAGCAUAAUUACAUAUAACAUUUCAAAUCGAGUGUUUGGAGAGUGUAAAAUAGUAUGCGUAGAUUUGUGUAGAACAAUCAUAUGUUAACGUUGCUGUAGGUUGUUCGUUAUGCUGACAUGAACUGGCCAGGAAUGUAAAUAAAACGGUUAAAACUUUG